AUGGAAGGCUGGAGCGGUGAGUGGCCUUUUCGGCCAUCCGAAAGGCAGUGGACCGCUGAGUGGAGACAGAGAUCAUUGACAGUGGCGGCAAUUUUUCUGUUCUUUUCCGCUCACUGCAAUCUGCUCGCAUCUGCACUAACGACAAAAGGAAAGGUCCUUGAACCGGAUUCGCUGGGAAUUACGCGGUCAAAUAACCCUUUUGAAGAACCGAAGCUGAAAGCGUUUCUGCAGAGAUUCAACAUCACGCUCCAACAUGGUUCCGGUGUCGACGUAGACCUUGGACAGGAGAAGGAAGUUGAUGGGAAAAUGUAUCGCGAGGCUUCGGGUUUAUGCCCGGUCUGGGGUAAAUACAUUCAACUUUAUCAACCGGACAAGGCCCCAUACCAAAACGACUUCUUGCAAGACGUUCCUACAGAAGAGGAGUACAAGCGUGCCGGCAACCCUCUGCCUGGUGGCUUCAACAUGAACUACGUGACGCCUACAGGCCAACGUAUAUCACCUUUCCCUAUGGAGUUGCUAGAGAAGAACAGCAACAUCAAAGCUACAACGGAGCUUGGCAAGUGCGCCGAGUUUGCGUACAAGACGACGGCUAUGAGCAAAACCAACGCGAAGACAGACUACCGCUACCCAUUUGUGUAUGACUCUGCAAAACGGUUGUGUUACAUCCUCGUCAUAUCUUUGCAACGUUUGGAGGGGGAGAAGUACUGUUCGACCAAGGGGAGUCCGGCUGGUCUCACGUGGUACUGUUUAAAACCAAACAAGAGCACCGAGAAGUUCCACCACCUGAUCUACGGAUCGGCGUACGUUGGGAAAGAUCCAGAGCAUUUCGUCAAGAAUUGUCCCAAUCAAGCGCUUCGUGGAAACAGGUUCGGUGUUUGGUUAAACGGGCGGUGCCGCGACUACACAGAGUUAGACGACUCUUGGAUUGAAGGCGUGGGCUCAAAAGCUGAAUGUUGGGUCAAGACGUUCACGAAUGACAAGGUCGCCAGUGACCAGCCAAGGACUUAUCCACUGACGAGUCAGCGCGGAUGGAAUGAUUGGUGGCCACUUCAUCAGCCAGAUCAACCCCAUUCACGUGGCGUUGGGCGCAACUACGGUUUCUUCUACAUAGAUAGUCUAGGACAGAAGAAGUGUGCACUGUCCGACAAGCCCCCGGAUUGCCUUGUUUCAGACAAAAACGCUGUGUCGUACACGGCCGUGGGUAGUCUCUCUGAAGAUACUCCGGACUUCGUCGUACCGUUGAAUCCAUCCGAACCCAUCCCUGACCAGGGCCAAGCCCUACAGUGUACUUCGUCAGAUUUCCCCGAAACUUACGGCGCUUGCGACUUGGAAUCCUGCAAAAGACAGAAAACAACGUGUAUUGGAGGACAGGUCGAGAGCACCAGCGUUGAUUGCACUGAAACGGAAGCAAAGGACUGCGGCGGCGGGGUUAACACUGCUCUAGUUGCUGGUCUUGUCGUUGGGGGAGUUCUCUUAAUUGGCCUGCUAGCAGGCGGUGGAUACUACUUUUCCAAGAGAGGCGACAUGGAGACAGGUGGCGGGGGCGCCUCUCACAAUCAAGAGUAUGAAUCCAGGAGGCAUCAGAAGAAAAGACCCAGCGAUCUGAUACAAGAAGCGGAGCCAUCGUUUUGGGAUGAGGCUGAGGAUGACAUCAACCCGCAAGACGAAACACAGGUUCUGGUCGAGGGCGAGUACUAG